AUGGCCGAGGAGCCGUACAUCCCGGGCCUCACCAACCCAAGCUUGUUUCAGGAACUGCCAUCGCUCAAUGGCUUCCAGCGUCUGGUUCCCCAAGACCUGGCACACCAGAUCUACAAGGAGCAGCUCGACCAACACUCCCGCCCCUCUUCCUCCUUCUCAUCUCCUUCCGAGCUGGUCGAAUCUUGCUCCUGGAGAGCUCUAGCCCUCCUGGCCCGCCACCAGAUCGUCGGCUCAGACCCGUCCCACACGGCCUCAAUCCUCCAAGCAUGGUCGUACCGGUUUCUGGCACUCUACCAGCUCCGCCAGCCGCGGAUAAUCGCCCGGGAGAUGCUCGGCUUGUUCUCGACGAUCGGCCAGACGCUCCCCCUGACCGACAUCCUGCUCGACCUUAGCCCUGCAACCCUCUGCUCCCCCUCUAACCUCCAGAAAAAGGCUCCCAAAAAGGCCCUUCCGGACAUCAUCCCUUUUCCGAUCCUUAUCCUCCGCGCGCGGUUGCCCAUCCUGUUGGCCCCUCAUCAGCAUCCUGCCGCAAUCAAAACCUCAGACGGAUUGUUCGAGUUGCUUGAAGGCUGCCAACGGAUGCAUGAUUAUUACGAUCAAUAUUCCCGAGACUACGAGGAGAAACGAGCACAGAAGGAGCUGUGGAGGAAGAGGAUGAAGGAGAUUGUGGGGCUGCUAGCGGGCCUAUUUUCAGGGCAUGGGUCUGACUCGGAUGGGCUACUGGAUCCAGCGGGGGCAGGCGGGAUGCGGGGAGGGGGGCGGGUGUACAUACCGGACCGGCUGCUGUCGCUGGGGCUUGUCCGGAGUCUGGUCGAGGAGUGCGCGCAAGAAGAGCCGCGGGAAGGGGGGCAGCAGAGGUGGGUGGAGAUGGAGACGCAGCUGUGGCUCGAGCUCGGCGCGCUGGACAAGGCUGACCGGCUGCUCGAGACGCUUGGCCCCGCACACCCCCUCGGCCUCGUCCGUGCCAUCGUGGCCGGCCGGCCCGCAGACGCCCCCCCCCGCUUCCUCCCUCUCGCCCAAGCUUCUCUCGCCCGCGAAGGCCCACCCGAUGUCGGCCUCAUCAACAACCUCGCCACCGCCCUGCUGUACUCUGGAAACCUCUCCGAAGGGUUCCCAAUCAUGCAAGCGUUGAUGGACAAGUUGACUCCGAUCCCGGACGCUCCAGCCGGCGCCGACGACGACGAAGGAGCCAAAGAAGCCAGCCAGGAGGGAGCAGAGAGGAGGGGGGACCAUUGGCUACAGGCCCAAGGGUCGAUCAACGGCCUGAUAUUGAACUACGCGACAUGGGUCGAACUCGCCUCUGGGUCGGAUAGCGAGCAGAUCAAGAGAGACUUCCUCGUCCGUCUCCUCCAAUCCUCCUCUCCGACCACUCAGAACCAGAUCGAGUUUCCGGUCCAUAGGAUCGCCGACUCGGUCUCCUUGAAUUGCUUCAAAUUCUCCGCGGCUUCCUUCCAGGCUGCUCCUUGA